GGCGGCGGCUCGCGGAGGAGGGGGCGGCGGCGGGGAGCGCGGCAGUCCCGGCCCGGCCAUGGACGAACAAGCGGGGCCCGGCGUUUUCUUCAGUAACAACAACAACAAUAACGCCCUGCUUCUGCCGCCGCCGGCGGGCGGGCCGGGGCUGGAGUCGGGCGAGGCGGCGGCAGCAGCGGCGGCCGCGGCGGCAGCAGGAGGAGGAGGCGGCGGCGGGGGGGUCUCAGCCUCCGGAGCUGCCGCGCCGGUAUCGGCGUCCCGGGCUCAGUACAGCGUGCCGGGCAUCCUGCAUUUCCUGCAGCACGAGUGGGGCCGCUUCGAGGCGGAGCGCGCCGAGUGGGAGGCGGAGCGGGCGGAGCUGCAGGCCCAGAUCGCCUUUCUUCAAGGUGAAAGAAAGGGACAAGAAAAUCUGAAGAAGGAUCUAGUGCGAAGAAUCAAAAUGCUGGAAUAUGCACUUAAACAGGAAAGGGCUAAAUAUCACAAAUUAAAAUAUGGCACAGAAUUGAAUCAGGGAGAUAUGAAGCCACCAAACUAUGAUUCUGAUGAAGGGAAUGAGACAGAGAUUCAGCCACAACAGAACAGUCAGCUAAUAUGGAAACAAGGACGGCAGCUGCUAAGACAGUAUCUACAAGAAGUAGGCUACACCGACACGAUAUUGGAUGUGAAGUCAAAACGAGUACGAGCUUUAUUGGGCCUCUCAAGUGAUGCUUCAGAGAAGGAAAACAGAAAUCAAGAGCCAAUGGUAAAUGGCACAGAGGGCCAGAUUAAAGAAAACACAAUGAUUGGGAAACCUGAAUUGACUGACUCUGCCUCUCUGCUAGAGACCUUCAAGUUUCUUGAAAAUGCAGCUGCAGAGUUUAGUGAUGAAGAAGAUGAAGAAGAUAUUGAAGGAAGAGAGAAAACAAUCAUUGAUACUGCAACAAUUGUAAGGAAAAGAGUGCUAUCUGACAGCAGUGAAGACAGAGAUACAGAAGAAGCUUUGAAAGAGUUUGACUUUUUGGUUACCUCUGAUGAAGGUGAUGGGGAAUCAAGAAGUUCAGGAGAUGGAACAGACUGGGAAAAGGAAGACCAGUGUCUCAUGCCUGAAGCCUGGAAUGUCGACCAGGGAGUAAUAACCAAACUCAAGGAACAAUACAAAAAGGAGCGCAAGGGGAAAAAGGGGGUGAAGAGAAAAACUACCGAAGAUAUGUUUCAGCCUCAAUCCUAUAUAAAACAGUCAAAACAGGGAUGUGGGAAAAUGAUGGAGCAAAGCACAGGGCCCAACAGGUCAAAGCUGCAAGAUAUGCUUGCAAACUUGAGAGAUGUUGAUGAUCUCCCUUCAUUACAGCCAUCUGUUGCACCUUCUUCUAGGCCCAGUAGCUCAAGGCUCAUUGAACAUGAGAUAAACAGGACAGAUGAAGUGGAAGCUUUAACAUUCCCUCCUUCUUCAGGGAAAUCUUUCAUUAUGGGAACAGAUGAAGCCCUUGAAAAUGAGCUGGGUCUUGGAGAACUGGCAGGCCUUACAGUAGCCAAUGAGGCAGAUUCACUGACUUAUGAUAUAGCAAACAAUAAGGAUGCAUUGAGAAAGACUUGGAACCCCAAAUUCACAUUAAGAAGUCACUUUGAUGGAAUAAGAGGUCUCGCUUUUCAUCCGGUUGAACCAGUCUUAAUAACAGCUUCAGAGGACCAUACAUUAAAAAUGUGGAAUUUACAAAAAACAGCCCCAGCAAAAAAGAGUGCUUCUCUUGAUGUAGAGCCAAUAUAUACCUUCAGAGCACAUAAUGGACCAGUGCUCUGUGUGGUGAUGAGCAGUAAUGGUGAACAGUGUUACAGUGGGGGAACAGAUGGCCUCAUCCAUGGCUGGAAUACAACCAACCCAAACAUCGAUCCCUAUGACUCUUAUGAUCCUUCUGUUCUAAGGGGUGCUUUUGUAGGCCAUACAGAUGCAGUGUGGGGUCUCGUUUACAGUGGAGCACACCAGCGUUUGCUAUCCUGUUCAGCAGACGGCACUAUACGUCUAUGGAAAGCUACAGAAAUUGCUCCAGCUCUCAAUAUAUUUAAUGAUAAUCAAGAAAUGGGAAUCCCUUCGUCAGUAGAUCUUGUGAGCAGUGACCCAAGCCUCAUGGUAGCAUCAUUUAACAGUGGACACACUAGCAUUUUUAACAUGGAGACACGGCAACGAAUUCUUACCCUGGAGUCCAGUGUGGAUACUACAGUCAGUUCCUCCUGUCAGAUAAACAGAGUCAUCAGCCAUCCAACUCUUCCAAUUAGUAUCACUGCUCAUGAAGACAGACACAUCAAAUUCUACGACAACAAUACAGGAAAAUUGAUCCACUCCAUGGUAGCUCACUUAGAUGCAGUUACAAGUUUAGCUGUUGAUCCUAAUGGCUUGUAUUUGAUGUCUGGCAGUCAUGACUGUUCAAUUCGCUUGUGGAAUCUUGAAAGCAAGACCUGCAUCCAAGAAUUUACUGCUCAUCGCAAAAAAUUUGAUGAGUCCAUUCAUGAUGUGGCAUUCCACCCCUCCAAAUGCUAUAUUGCCAGUGCAGGAGCAGAUGCCCUGGCUAAAGUGUUUGUAUGACAGAGUGCUUCCCUUUCAACUCUAGCUUUGUAUAUAUUUAACCAGCUGCACAAAAGAGGAGAGGAGGGCAUGAGUCUUCUUAUCCUGCCCUGUAAUUCAGAGAAUGUUUGUAAGUGUUUAGUUUUGCAGGGUGCUGUUUUCUAAAUUGAUGUUUGUUCUGGUUUCUGUGAGCUCAGCUGGUGCUGAGAGCUUGGAAACUCUCAGUUUCAAAUAGUUAAAAAACAAAAGAAAUGCUUUUAUUUCAGAGGGUGUGAAUUUUCGUCCAGGCAGGCCUUGGGUGAAACUAGGUUUAUGUAUUCUCUAUUAAUAAAACAGAGUACUGGAAAGAAGGGGUCUAAUUGCAUCAGGGAGUAGGAAAGGAGGGAAACUUCCUAGGAUGCUUUUUAUUGAGGAAUCUUAAUGUACUUAAAUCACCUGGAAAAAGUGUCAGUUCACAUGCUCAUUACUGUGUCAUGUGAGAGGUACUUUGUCAUUCCUUUGGUAUUAAUAAAGUAAAUCUUGUUCAGAGAGUAGUAGUGGAUAGUUAAUCUCAGCCACCUGGCUGCUAGCCUAAGAUAAAUGCAAUUAAAAGAAAGCAAAUUACUAACAUAAAUUAAAAUGCAGUAAAGUUUUUGUUACAUCUUCUGUGUUAUACACUAAAUAUUUAGUUUGCAAAAAAAAUUACAUAAUUUUUUGAAGACUGUAUUAGCGCGUGGCUAGAAGCUGAGCCUUUAGUCUAGUCCCAAUUAACAACAGACUGAAGCAGUCUGUAUAUACUGUAGUAGCAGAUUUAACUUAUUCAGAUUUAUAAUGCUGUUUAUUCUUGGAGAUCUGGCACAAGAAAUUACCACAAACCUUUCCAAAGAAGCUGUCCUACAAUUUUACUAUCAAACAUUUAUCUCCUCUUGCUGUUCCUGCUAAAAAGGAUAUCAUUCUGGGCAUUAAGGGUAACAGUGAAAUAUUUCUGUUGAAGAUUAAACUUAUACGUGAUGCUGUGUAUGAGUCCUACUAGUGCAAUAGGUGGGAACUAUACAAAGUUCCAUCAGUUUGAGAGAUUCUGCUACUUCUAGAGGUAUUUUCCAGCUUCACCAUUUGUGGAACUUUUUAACUUGUCCACUUCACUGGGCAUAUUGUGCCAUUGAUCAGGUUACCUGAAGAGUGAGUGCUUCUCAUAAUUACUCAACAGAUGUGCUUUGUUUAUGUAAUCAGAGUUUCUCUGUUGAUUUAAAUAACAAAUAACUUUUAAUCCAAUCUUGUAGUCUUUUUAUCCCUUCUUAAAGAGGGAGGUGAGUGGAUUCUUUUCUAUUAUGUGUCAUCAUCAGAGUUAUUACUGCUGAUAAGCCUGAAGUUGGUGUUUUCCUCUAAUGGGAACAGAAGGCAGAAUUUCUGUUGGAGAUGAUUUCUGGUGCUGAUGAGAGUAGGAAAGAACCCAAUGCAACUCUUCCACAUACCAGCCUGAGGUUAAGACUGGAAACUGAUAAAUAAAUCUUUACCUUUAAACUGACACUUUUUAAAAAGGAAUCAUUGAAAGAUACCAAUAUAGGGUUUGACUGUGUUGUUUUUAGAGUGGCAUUUGGGGAUGGGACCACAUUUGAAGCUGAUCUCAGAGUUUAAAUCAACUGUAUUAUUUAGAAUAAAAGGUUGACCUGUGCUGUUUGAGCCUGCAACACAUUAUAUUUACUGCUAAAAUACCCUGGAAUACCUUUUAUUGCUCAGAAUAUUCAGAUAUGUCACUUCAUCAUAUUGAUAUGCAAUAUAUUUCCAUAGAUAAGAUUAGAACUUUUACCAUGAAACAGAUGACUACAAUAGUAAUUCAGAUUAUUUAGUUUUUAUAAAGUGUUUUGGUUAUGAUGGAAAGGGGGAAACUUGGCUGCAAAACUGAGCAUUCAACUUUGUGAGAGUUCUGUGUACUUGACUCCUAUUUCUUUCAGUGUCAUUAUUUUAUUUCUUUUUGAAGAGGAAAUUACAAAGAUUUAUUUGAAAAAUUCUAAAAGUUAUGUAUAUUAUAUACGUGUAUAUAUACUGUAAACAUGUAUUAAAUGUGUCUAGUAAGGGAAGACUCCAUGGGUGCAUUUUAAUGUUUUAGUAUUAAGAGUUCUCUUGAGUUUGUGUAUACAAAGGGUAAUGGUGUGAGUAUGAAAUGAAUGUUGUGCUUUUGCUUACACAAUACAAUAUGUAGUUACAGUUGUUUAAAUUGCUGUACAUAAAACUAAUAGGCCGGCAUGCUUGUUUUUAAAGACUGUCAUUCUGAUUACAAUUCGAAUGUAAGAAGUGGCUGUUGAAAUGUGAAUUGAAAGAUGUUUCCUUCUCACUAUUGAGCUCUUGCUCAAACGGAAAAGUGAUUUUUUUUUUUAAAAGCUGGCAAUAGCUAGAGGAUGAGGUGCCUUUAAAAAACAAAACUAAACAAAUGUAGCCUUACAAAGAGGUUGUGGAGUAUAUAUAUUUUUGUGCUGGUCUUCAUAAUCGAUGUCAAUGUCUUUUUACUGUACUUGCUCACAUACUUGUAGGACUGCAGGGUAUUGUGCAUGAGCCUGUCAGAUCUUCUGAACAUCAUCCUAGGAGUUAGGGAUGAAAAAAUUAUUUGGGUUAUCUAGUCCAUCUGCUUGCUAAAGCAGGGUUGUAGACUUGUGCAUUUUAAUAUUGUCUUGGCCAGUGAGGUUUUAUGCAUGUUCUAAACAAUUAGGCUUGCUUUCGAAGAUUAUUUCAACAAUUACAUCUCACUGACAGGAGGAUUUACGUGAUGUUUAGUAGUUCUUUUUUGUAACUUCAUGCCAGUAUUCUAAGCCAUGUUUUGUGCCAUUUUACAUAUUCCUCAUCAUCUUUGUAAUUUGGAACCUGCAGGCACGCACUGGUUCUAGCUGUAUAUUUCCAUUCCUUUCCACUUUCUUCAAGCUAUUUUUUAGUCUGCUCUUUUUACACAACUUUUUCUUGUUUUCAGUUUUUUAGCUCAGUUUUCCAUAGCUUGGUGCCUACAACACCAUUCCACAUGCAUGAUUUGUUGGACUUAGUCUGAAGGUCAUCUGUUAAGUGCGGUUUUUGUUUGUUUGGAUUUUUUUUCCUCUAACGUGAUGCUUUUGUGUAGGAAGACCAAACUUUUGGUCUUCUGGCUAAUGUCUCGCAAACCAAAAUCGUAUUUAUUUCUGACAACUGUUUUAAAUAACUUUGAGCAUUGUUGCUUCUUAAGUUUAUUCUUCACUUUCAGUAUGUUGUUAUGAUCCUUUUGCAGCUAGAUACUUAAUUCCUGUUUCAUGAUUAUCCUGGGUUUUAUAAGCUUGGAACUUCUGAUCUCUGAGGGCACUAAAUUAUUUUUAUUUUUUCCCUUUUAUGUGCAGUUCUUCCUGGUUCAAUGUAAUUGGUAACUUCAUGAAUGUGAUACAUACAUCUGUUGAAGAUGUAAACAAAACUGGACCUGAGGCUUAUUCUUGCAAAAAAGCAUUUUUGUGCAACAUCAGUAUAUGGCAUUUUACCGUUACUAUUCUUCCGAUAUCUAAUUUACAUGGUACAUUUUUUAAUGGUUAACUCGUAUAAUUUUUUGUGUAUGUUAGCCUGUGCUACUGAUUUUGCUAUUUUUCCGGUAUCCAAUUUACAUGGUACGUUUUUUAAUGGUUAACUCAUAUAAUCUUUUUUGUAUAUUAGCCUGUGCUACUGAUUUUGGUUUUACUAACUAAUUUAAUGGGAGAAUUUUCAGUCCUUCCAUAUGUUGAAAAUUGGUUCACUAGGUUUAAAUACUCUCAUUUUUAUUUCUAAUUUACUUCACUGUGCUGUUUGCUUUCACAUAUUUGAUUCAGUUACCAAAACGCUUGCACAAAAUGAUUUGGAGCUGGAAGAAGCUCUAGAUAUAAUUAUAUUGUGGAAAACAUUUUCUUCACUCUUACAAAAUCCUAGUGUCUGCAUAUUUUUUUUUUGUGCCUCAAAGAGAAAACUUUAGACAUACCAUGUAAAAGAUUUUACUACUUGUAAGAAAAUCACCCAAAGAAUAUUUUGGGAUCUCAUUCAUCUUUAUUUUGAUAAAAUAUGUUCUUUAGCAAGAAGCCUGUAGAACUAUAUGCCAUGCACUGUAGGUUAUUUUUUAGGCCGUAUGUUUUCAAAUAAUGUUAUGUUAAAGCAGCCCCAUAUGUAAUGUGUUUGAGCAAGUGUGUGAUGUUCACCAUACAGCUUUGUGAUUAGGUCAUACAACACCAUUUUGCAGAUGUGAAUUUAAAGUAACCAGAAACUUGUCCUUCUGAAUAAAUGUGUAAGAGAUAAAGGACUUAGUUACACCACCUUUUUCAGUACACCUGUUUGAUCACAGAUGUUCCCUUUCCCCACCUCCUUCCUCAUGUUUUAACAAUGUAAUUUUGGGGAGCAGCAAUUUCCAUAAACUGAUGUGUCAUUUGAGCAGUGUUUGAUUGGCAGAAGUGUUAGUCCAUCCCAAAGGAAACAAAAAAUUAAAAAGCAGGCAUAGCCAUCAGAUAAGCAGGUUUGGGGUUUGUUUUAAUGCCUUUAAAGAUCUGUAUUUGGAAGCGUUUGCAGGCUGUGGUUUGGCAGUGUCUUUGCAGACUGUCCUAGGGAGCCUACUUGACACCUAUGUGAAAUAUCUAGUAAACCUAGUAAAACCUAGUAACAUGGGUUGAGUUAAGGAAGAAAAUACAGCCAUUGUGGUUGUCCCUGUGCCUGUACAAGAGACUAUAGCAGUGUUCUCCCUGGAGUCCUCUUUGCUGAAGCAUCAGGUUUGCAAUCUAACAAGUAAUUUCUGCAGCAUGGGGGUAUCUGGAAAUGAGAUCAUUUGUAUUUUUACUUUGAAGAUCUGUAGGCAGUGGUCAUUUUGAUUGUGUGCUGAACAGCAAGGGAAGCAGGGAGACCCUUUGCUGUACCCUGUAGGAGAUAGGUAGUGGGUUAAAUGGCCAGAACCAAUGUGCCCUCCAUGUGACUGGUGUCAUCAUGGGAGAGUUUGGCUGGGGAGCAGUGCAGAGUUUAGCCCGAUGAUAUCACAAACGAGAAAACCUCAAAAGGUUAGAGUAACAAGGUUAUCAAGGCUUUCCCAUAAUGAUUCUUCAGAUUGAUUUAUUUGUCAAUUGGUUGCAGGUUGUAUGAAGGAUAAAAUCUAGUAUAUAUCCAGAUUCCAAAUUAUGCACUCUUGUGUCAAAGUAAAAGGUGGAGAUUGUUCAAAUUUCAAAACUAUGUCACUUUAGAUGAGGAGAUGGCAAGAGAUUUGUUAUAGCUUAUUACUUAAAUUCUAAGAACAGAACUUACUCUUCUGCUAACAUAGUCUUCAUGUUGGGGACCCAGUUAUGCAAAGAUAAGUUCCUCGGACACUGUAGUGGGACUACUCUUUUGUUUCUGUAUAAACAUUUAUUUAAAAACAACAUUGCAGGACUAAGACUUUGUGUCAUGAUGUCCGUUAGUACUGAACCAAACCCACAAAAUUUGGGAAGUGGAGUAGAAUUUUAGGCUUGUUUCUCAUUCUUUUCUUUUUUUUUCUUUGGUCAUAAUCUACAUAUUUAAUAUAUAUUACAUACAGCGUCAUCUGUAUGACUCACUUCACAUUAAAUAGCCCAUUCUGUAAAAAAUACUCCUUCAGUACUUUCUCAUACAAACGAGAUGUGAAUGGGACCAGUGGUUCCAGGUAAUUUGUGACUUAGUUAGCAUGUAUGUCUUUCAGUUUUCUUAUGGGUGAGCUGAUAAGAUUCAUGGGAAUAACUGUGAAAACAUGAUGCUGCUUAUAAUAUGGCAUUUAAAAUCAUUCUGAAAUUUGUGGCUGUUUAGUGGAAAUUGUUUUGGACUACACUGUUAAGAAUGAAGAAAUCAGAAUAUGGUAGUAAACCACUUACACAAACCAAUUUACCAUAUGUAAGGUGUUGCAAUCUUUGACAUGGUAAUUGAGUUUUCUUGGGCAUCUGCUGUUGGUGAGCAUCGUAGGGAUGGUCAGCAUAGCUGUUAGUAUCAAGUGACAGAGAGGAAGCAAAGAUUUCCCUGAAAAAAACACUCAGAUGUUUCAGGAAGCUCUCUUUUUCCAUAAUGACAUGAAGGCAUUGAGAAUAUUUUAUCUAAGUCAAUAAUGUAUUUAGUUGAAGAGGGUUACAAUAGGUGAACAGUCUUGAUUCAUCCUCAGUGUCUUUAAGCUUAGAGACAAACACUGUUACUGCAAUGAAUGACCUGUAAACCGCUAGUCAAAACGACCACAAUGUUUCUACUGAGCAGCAGAGAAACUGAUGAAAACCAUAGUGUUAAUCCAUCCAGUUAUAUAGGGGAUGUUUUACAAGAAAUAACCCAUAUUGUAGAAGAUAGUAUUACAUACAAUAGAGCAAAUGAACAAACACCUGGGCAGCUGGGGGGGACUAGGAUGACCUUUGUGUAAAUAGUCCUUGCUCAGGCAAGUGCUCUUGUUCAGCUGGUGGGACUAAUGCCAGGAGGGAGGAUGGUGAGAAAUAAGACCUUUAAAAUUAUGUCUCUGCCUGUGCUAAUGAACAUACCUGUUGUGCAGGUUAUCUGUCCUUUUGAUAUCUGGUUUUUAUCUUCCCACUUAAAUCCUCCUUUAGGCUGUAUUUUCUGAGAAUCUUAAAAUCUCAUCUGCAGUGGAGUGUCAUUGCAGGGUAAAUUUCAUAAAGGACUAUUGAUUUUCUCUUAAAGUGUUCUUUGAAGGGUGGUGGGGUUUCAGCUUCAGCCCUACUCCUCCCACCACCAAAAGGCUGAUUUGUACCUCCUUAUUCACAGUUCAUUUAAUUGUACUGAUUUAUCUUUUUACCCCACCUGCUGACUUAAUUUUGCUGCUCUGUAGUCUGUUGUGAAAACUUAUGAAGUGCUGUAUCAUUUAAUAUGUUUUUGAGAAGCUGAAUUCCACUACAGAAGGUGUAAAUCCAGUUGAAUAGUACAAUUUGUGGGUCUCCACUGGUUCAUUGUCAGGAGAGAUUUGUUGCUAGAUGACAAAAUCCAAACUAUGGCUGAGCUAAAAAGGCAUUUAAUAAUAUAUGCUUUUUAGCCCAAGUUUCUUCCUGAUUAAGUCUGGUUUGUAGUAUUGUGUGUUAAACUAGUUUUGCCCUGCUCGUGCUGCCAAGCCAUGCUGUGAUCCUGGGAGAUCACACCCACGUUUAAACCAUGCCUGCAUGUGUGCUUUUAAGCUGCUCAAAGCCUUGCGUUGACACGGUCCUCAAGCCUGGUCUGCUUGCAUUCCCUCAGUUUGAAUUGCAGACUCCCAAAAUUACUUCCUUGCUGUUUCAGGAAACCCUCGGUCCUCACACCAGAGUAUUAGACUGGGACAUUGAGAAAAGAUUUAUGCAGCUGAAUUUGUACUAUUCUGAAAGGGAGGGGAUAACUUGUUGCCAAGCCAAAUAUUUUUAUUAUUUUUGGAUUAAUUACAAAAAGCAGCCAAAAACAUUAUAUAAGGGAUAAACGAUGGACUUCAAGCUAAUAUUUUUCCAUUAAGAAUUUAUUUUUUUAUUCUUCCUGUCAUCAAGAUACAGUGCUUUUUGGAUGUAGCUUGUUUUCAGAUGUGUGGCUCCUAGAAUUGUUUCCUUGCAAUCAGACAUUUACAAACAUGCAUAGGUUUUGAAAAUUGUCUCAUAUGUGUUAGCACUUUUUCUGGAAAUGCAAACUGAGCAUGUUAGCUAAUCAUUUCUUGUACCUUUAUAGCCCAAGCAGACUGAAAAGUGGUCUUGUGCUCUGUUUUCCUUGAAUCAUGCAUCUGAAAAAACUUGUAGAAGAAAACCCAUGAUGAGAAGACUAUUGUUGCUCUAAGAUUUUCUGUUGACAUUUGUCAGCCUGUCAGCUACCUGCAUUGUAUUUCAUAUAAAUAUCUUCAAUUGGUUUCUUUUAAAAGAAAUGGUCAGGUUAAAAAAGACAAAUUUCUUUGCCUUAUGGACCAUAGUUUGGAUUUUCUUUGUUGCUUAUAUUUAAUGUACUUUUUUUUCCUCUCUAUAAGAAUAACUAUUGAACUUUAGAGUUACCUGACAGUUCUCUUUUGGAGAAGAUACCACAGGUGAUAACCACUUAAAUGCUAGUAAUUACAGUUGCUCCUCUUCUGUUUGGGGUCAUUUCCAUGACAGUUGAUACGAAAAGGCUACUGUGACCGAUACAUAAACAGCUAAAGGAAAUUAAGACUCCCCUUCAGAAUUAUGGUGAGGUUAUGAUUUUGCACGCCAGUUUUGAAUGACUACUUUGAAACAAUGUUGGGCUUCAAGUGUCUUGCAAAGUGGUGGAUCCAAAUGAGAAAUACCUACUCAUUGAGAAAUAGUCUGCUUGUCAAUUUUUGUGUAUGGCUCAGUACAAGGCUGUGUCAGAAUUUCAGUACCACCAAAUUACCUCGUUUAAAUGCUACUGUCGUACAAAAGUGAAUGUUAUUUUAAGUGAGAAAUUCUGUUUUCGAACUUGUGAAGGAAAUAGUUUUCUUGGGAGUAAGCAUCCAUAAAUUUAAUGUAUUGCAUAAUUUCAGAAAGGCUUCUUAAUCAUGGGACAUGAGAAAAGUGAAAAAGUGAUUUGUUCUCCAAAGAUUUCAUAAGCAUUUAUUAUAAAAAGUAUAAUUUUUUCCUUUAAAUGAAAAUGCUUCUUCAAACACACACUAUUAAACUUCUUACUAAAAUUCAGUACUUUAAAAUCCUAAAUAUCUAAAAUGGCAAAGAUAGAAAAUUCAGAGGGAGAUUAUUUUGAAAUAACACCAGUAUAUUUUUGAGCUGCUCAACUGCAGCCCUGAAUUUUCUCUUUUUCACUGCAAUUCAUAUUUUGUGAAACUUCUUGGAUAAGUUAUAGUUAAAGCUACAUUCAUUUGCCUGAAUAAGUCAAGUAAAUAUUUUGUCAUUAAAAUUAUAUAGAUCUUCUUAUGUUAGUGUGCCAUUUAAAAUGAGACCACAUUGAGGUAACCAUGCAGAUAUUUGUAUUGGUAUGACAGUAGUGAAGUGGGGUAGCUGUAUACUGUACCCGCAUUCUGUGCUGAGCAAAAUCACAUGGACUUCCAGAAAUAAGCAAUGGUUUUUAAGAGCAGCUUUAAUGUUACAGCAGCAAGUAAGUGUCAUUUGUACCAUAUAAUUAUGUAAAUUGGGUGCUAAUAAAUACUAUUUUUCAACA